AUGCCAAUUAUGGAAUUCGAUCCUUUCACUUCCCCAUCAGCAACCCCAGGAUUCCUUACUCAUCAGACAGAUCUUCUUCUAUUAAGCGCCGCAGCUAAGUUUGCUCGUAAAAUAAUCAACACACCAAUAUUCGCAACACUAUCGCCAGUUGAUACAGUACAAGGCCCAAGUAUACAAACAGAUGCGGAUUUUGAGGCAUGGGUUCGUUCGACUAUUGGAACGACAUUUCAUCCAAGUGGCACUACCUCUAUGAUGAAGAGACAAUAUGGAGGAGUUGUGGAUUCCAGUUAA